ACUUCACCCAAAAACUUGUUAUUGGAUUUCGUCUGUAUAAAUUUAACCUGAAAGCUUGAAUCUGUUUUCUAUGCAGAAAGCCCACUUUUCAAGCGUCCUCAGGUGACCAAUGUUGGUGGGAGGAGGCUCUUUUCCAGGGCAGCUGAUGCCAUCUUUCAUCAGAAUGGAACCAAUCGAAGCACACAUGGUAAUGUUUGGGAUAGAUUGGGAAAGCUGGAUGAGAAUGACACUUCUGUGAAUGUUCAAGUGAAUGAAAAUAUAAAGAGGCCCAUGUCGGAACAGAAGUCCCUGGGGUUUGGCCAAACUACAUUGAUUCCUACUGUUCAAGAUGGCAAAGUCAACCAAAAUCCGUCACGAUACUAUAACGUGAAUACCUAUAGAACCAAUGGUGGUAGAAAGAGGCAAUUAAAUGAUUUCAUUCCUAUUUCUCCUACCACUUCAGAUACUCAGGACCAUGAAGAAGAAAUGUCCAGAACAUUUACAAGACAUCCUGAAAAACACACUUUGAUGUUGAAAAAGAGUGAUGCUUUGUAUGAAUCAAAAAGUUGCAAUAAAAGCUUGAAAUCAGGCUUGGAUGCAUCAUUAAGAUAUAGACCAGAAAAAACUUCUCAAGAGAAGUUGGGUGUGGAAGCUCGAGAAUCUACUCAGACACUGAUAUCUGUUGGUGCUUUUCCAGCAGAAACUGGAGGAGUUAGGCCUGUCAAAGCUCAAUUGGUUGAUAUGAAAUUAAGAUUACAGAAACUUGAAAGAGAAAUUUGCAUGCUAAAAUCAAUGCCACGGAACAAGGAUAGGUAUCAUGCCUUAUCCUCUAGCUCCGGUAAGAUUAUUUCAGGUUCAGUUGAUCCGCUUAAGGAAGGGGUUGAGUCGAGGACAGUAUUUGUUACAAAUGUUCAUGUUGCAGCCACUCAAGAUGCUCUGAGAUCUUACUUUUCCAAGUGUGGAUCCAUUAACAGAGUUAUUAAGUUGACCGACACAUCAACCAUCGCACAAAAAUGGUCUGCAUACAUUACCUUUGCCAACAAGGAGUCAGUGGACAAGGCAUUGGCUUUGAAUGGGACAAACUUCUUUUCCAGGAUCAUAUGGGUUAGUAAGAAAAUUCAGUUUAAAUUUGUACAAUUAUUCUUUAUUUCAUGUCUAACUAUUGUAAUACAUAAUGUAAUAAAUAAGCUUUUUCCUCCGUACACUAGUAACCAAAUGAGGCAUUUAGUCUCUCUAGCAUUAUUACUGCUGCUGUUGCUGCUAUUUCAUUCAGGUAAGAAAAGCAGGAAAGGUAACAGUGAAGCCAACCCACUCUCAAUAUGGCAGACAGAGGAAUGCUAUCUUCAAACAAAAACACUCUCAUGACCCGAAUGUACCUCAGCAAAUGAACUACGUGUAUGAUGCUCAUGAUAAAAGCCAUAAAAGCACAGAGACAGUAGAACAUAUUGAUGCAGAAUUAUGAACUUAGCUAGCGUCAUAGUUUCAAGCAAUUAAAGGACAAGAUGUUUGGAGGAUUUAGACAAGCACCGAUCCUAUGCCAUCUCUAACCACACUGUAAGAAAUCAUUUGACUCUUGAAUGCAUAGGAAAGUGAAUACAAAUGGGUUUACAGAUUUGAUUUGUUUCAAGGUUUAGAGGUUAUGGUCCUUUGAUUUUUUGAAAGACUAUAAAAUCCAUUUGUAUUUUUGCACUGAAAGUAGCCUGUAGGCUUGU